AUGGCACAGCUUGUUCCUCUUCCAGAGGUGGAACGCCUCAGUGCAUCCGUGAUCAGGAUUCUAGGCGGGAAUCCAGGAAAGUUUACAUUGCAAGGAACCAACACAUACCUAAUCGGCCGUGGACAUCAGCGCAUCCUCAUUGACACGGGCGAGGGCAAGCCCACGUGGGCUGCCCGUCUUGAAUCCGUCCUGUCCGAAGAGAAAGCCACGGUGCAGCAGGCUCUUCUUACACAUUGGCACCACGACCAUGUGAAUGGCUUACCAGAUCUACUGAGGAUCUGCCCGCAAGCUCAAGUUUUCAAGCAUCAGCCGGAUGAAGGACAGACCGAUAUCCAAGAUGGACAGGUAUUUCGCGUAGAAGGGGCAACGCUAGUAGCCGCUCAUACACCCGGCCAUACAGUGGACCACAUGGCAUUUGUAUUGGAGGAAGAAGAUGCGAUGUUUACAGGGGAUAAUAUCUUAGGACACGGUACAGCUGUAUUCGAAGACCUGAAAGUCUACCUGGACAGCCUUCACCGGAUGCGAGAUCGGGUUACAGGCCGCGGAUACCCGGGCCAUGGGGCUGUGCUUGAGAAAGUGAGUGCUCGCGUCAGCGAGUAUAUCCAGCAUCGCCAGCAACGGGAAGACGAGGUGCUUCGGGUACUACGAUAUGGGCAGCUAGAGGCGGCAGGAGAUCCGUCACCCGAGCGCAAGGCGUGGACACCGUUAGAGCUGGUGAAAAAGAUUUACCGGGAUGUACCUGAAAGCCUCCAUUUGCCCGCGUCAAAUGGGAUUCUGCAAGUAUUGUUAAAAUUGGAGGAUGAGGGGCAGACGGUACAUGAUCCGGAGUCGGGGGAGUGGAGGUUAAGCGGAGAGAAGUCGGCAUUGUAA